GGGCGUGUCCAGGAAGUGACAUGGCCGCCUCCUUAUACGGAGUCUCCUCGCUUCUUCUCGGUUACUUGUAGGUUAAAGUAGUUUGUCAUUUCCACUCAAAGUUUCUCCAGUAGUUGUCGGGACAGCGCCCAGCGGAGCUCAGCAUGGGCACCGUCCAUGCCAGGAGCCUCGACCCUCUGCCCAUGCAGGGACCGGAGUUAGGCGUCCAAGCAGAUGACGUCGAAGCUCCGGAGAUUGAACAGGAGCCAAAGCAAGAAGUUCUUGAAAACAAAAACGUUGUUGUCCAGCGAGUCCACAUUGAUGGACUUGGAAGAACAAAGGAUGACUUUUUGAGUUAUGAAAUCGCCGAAGUGUUCAGGGCAAAAAACCUGAUUGACGUGAUGCGGAGGUCUCACGACGCACGACAGAAGCUGCUGCGUCUCGGUAUCUUCAGGAAGGUGGAGGUUGUCAUCGACACUUCGCGAGGUGAAGGUGCCCUUCCAAAUGGUCUUGACGUGACCUUUGAGGUCACUGAGCUCAGGCGUUUGACAGGCAGCUACAACACAAUGGUCGGAAACAAUGAAGGGAGCAUGGUACUCGGACUAAAGCUACCAAAUGUGUUAGGUCGGGCAGAAAAACUGACAUUCCAGUUCUCCUACGGCACCAAAGAGACAUCGUACGGACUCUCCUUCUUCAAACCCCAACCAGGACAGUUUGAGCGCAACAUCUCUGUCAACGCGUACAAAGUUACGGGUCAGUUUCCGUGGAGCUCACUAAGAGAGACAGAUCGAGGCAUCUCUACAGAACUUAGCUUUCCUUUGUGGAAGACCAGCCAAACCCUAAAGUGGGAAGUGGUGUGGAGAGAGCUGGGCUCUCUGGGUCAGACGGCCUCUUUCGCCAUCCGGGAGGAGAGUGGCCAUUCGCUCAAGUCUUCCCUUUCGCACGCUAUGAUCAUCGAUACCAGGAACUCCUCCAUCCUUCCGAGGAAAGGAGGAUUACUGAAGAUUCAUCAGGAGCUGGCUGGUUACACUGGGGGCGACGCCAGGUUCCUGAAGGAGGACUUUGAGAUUCAACUCAACAGAGCUCUCGUUUUGGAUUCGGUUAUUUCUGCCUCAUUGUGGGGAGGCCUUCUUCUACCCAUUGGUGAGAAGGCAACAUGCAUUGCAGACAGGUUCUACCUGGGGGGCCCUACCAGCAUCAGGGGAUUUAGUAUGUACAGCAUGGGCCCACAAAGUGACGGUGAUUUCCUGGGAGGUGAAGCCUACUGGGCGGGAGGCCUCCACCUCUACACGCCUCUGCCCUUCAGACCGGGCCGAGGCGGUUUCGGCGAUCUCUUCAGAACCCAUUUCUUCCUUAACGCCGGAAACCUUUGUAACCUCAACUACGGCGAGGGGCCUCAGGCACAUUUGAAGAAACUGGCAGAAUGCAUCCGCUGGUCCUAUGGGCUGGGCAUCGUGCUGCGUUUGGGGAACAUUGCCAGGGUGGAACUGAAUUACUGCAUUCCCAUGGGAGUCCAAAGUGGAGACAGGAUAUGUGACGGGUUCCAGUUCGGAGCAGGAAUUAGGUUCUUGUGAAGAUACUGAACUUUUGUCGGUUGUGUUGAAAGUUUGUUUGUACAGUAUUGUUGGAAAAACUUAGUUCAAUAAAAUUGUCUCAUCUGA